AUGCAGUUCAAGUCUCUCGCUGUCUUCGCUCUCUCUGCUGGAGCCCUCGCCGCUCCCGAGAAGAGACAGGCCACUGAUGCCAACCUCGUUUCCAUCGUCCAGGUUCUUCAAACUGCUGUUCCUUCCUCCAUUUACCAAGAGUUCCUCACCAACUCUGGUGGUGUCUACUCGUCCGUCGCAUCUGAAUUGGCCGCCAGCUCGACUCCCUCUUGGAUCGCUGCUCUUCCCACUGGUGUCAAGUCGUACGUUUUCGGUCUUGCCGAGGGUACUUCUGCAGCCAGCUCGGCCAUUGCAAAUGCCACCUCUGCUGCUGCUGCUUCUGUCACAUCUGCCCCAGUGAUCAUCGCGAACAACGGCACAGCUGUCGCCAACCAGACUGCCCCUGCUGUCGUCGCAUCCAAUGGCACAGCUCUCAUCAACGGCACUGUCCCUGCU